CAUUUAUACCGCAUGGCGGAUAGUACAUAUAAUAGCAGGGAUUGUUUACUCGAAGGAGCUGACCCAACAAUUGAGGUUAAUUGAGGUUAGCUAAUCGCUUUCCAGAAAAAACGAAAUGUUUUCUUAGAUUCGGACGAUUUUCCAUCAAAAUGUCGGUAAUGUGCUGAUUGUAUUGAAAACUACACUUACAAGUUUAAAUUCAUUAUCGUUAGACCACGAUGUCAAAUCUGGAAUACUCAAUAAAAUUCACUUCACACGAAAAUAUCCCCAAAAACGUCCACCACUGUGAAGUUUGUCCAUACUUUACAACAUCAUUUUUUCUCCUAGUUAACCACCUCAAACACCACAGUUCAUCACUGCAACACUUUGACUGCGAGAGAACCGACAUUGAAAGUUACUACUGUAAAGACUGCGAGUUCCACUCAAAGUUCACACUUACUUUCAAACAACACCUGCGAGAACAUCACAGCAUUAAAAAAGACUACCCGGACGAAAACACCAUACAAAACUACACUUGUGACAAGUGCUCGUUUCAAACGAAUUUUGCUUUAAAGUGGCUCCAGCACAAAACCACGUGUUUUGGAAUUCCAGAAAAUAUCCCCAUUUUUAAUACCAGAAGUAGCGUUAAAUGGUACGCUUGCAGCCACUGUAUAUUCAAAUCCAAAUACAAGCAGAGUUUAAAACGCCACAUGACGCUCCAUUUGGACGCCAGUGACUUUGAAUGGUAUCAGUGUAAAUAUUGUCCAUACAAAUCUAAACAAAAAGGCCAUUUAAAAAUCCACACAAUCGCGCGGCAUUUGGAAGAUCAGGAGAUUAAAUGGUACGACUGUGAUAAGUGUACAUACAAAGCUAAAUUAAGUGGUGAUUUAAAAAGACACGUAAAUUCGCACCACUCAGAUGACCAGAACAUUAAAUGGUACGACUGCACACAGUGUUCUUACAGAACCAAAAGUAGUUACAGUUUAAAGCAACACAUAAAUGGACAACACUUAGACGAAAAGGACGUUAAAUGGUACCAAUGCAAAAUGUGUUCAUUUAAAGCUAAACUCGGCUGCUAUUUAAAAAGACACAUACAACGGCGCCAUUUUGAUGAGCAGAAUAUUACGUGGCAUCAGUGUGAAGAGUGCUCAUACAAGAGUAAAACAAACGGGGAUUUAAGAAACCAUGUUAAAGCUCACCAUUUAAACGAACAGAAUCUCCAGUGUAAAAUGUGUCCGUAUAAAGCUACGUGGAUUUCUAAUUUAAAGCGACAUAUAAAUGCGCAACAUUUAAGUGAACAGGAAGUUAAGUGGCAUCAGUGUAAGUCGUGUCCAUAUAAAGCUAAAGCAAGUUCCGACUUAAAAAAGCACGUAAAUGCGCAGCAUUUAGACGAGAAGGACAUUAAAUGGUACGAGUGCAACAAGUGUCCAUAUAAAGCUAAGGAAAUUUCGAAUUUGAAAAAGCACAUUUAUGCGCGACAUUAGUAAAAAAUUUGAAAUUAUGAAGUCUUGGAAUGAAUAAAGUCAUUAAAAGCGUCAA